UUACACAUUACCAAACUCUGGAGAAGAUUCUGUUCAUUUCCUAAGUACAACGUCCAACAGGAUGAGCCCAGGGCAAUGGAUAUUCAAAGUYGGAUGGCCUCACAUGUUUGGAAUGGAAGUGCAGCUUGCUGAUAGCUACGUUGAUAAAACGUCUGAACCCCUUGACUUCUUUGUUGGUCAAUUUUUCAAAGGCUGUUUUGUAGUCCAUGGUUACUUAACUACCAAUCGUAGCCAAAUCUGGAAAGAUAUUAGCAUCAGAUCAUGUAUGAUCCUCUGCCACCAACAUGAACGACCGUUUGCCGCGCUACACAAUGGUGACCAGUGCGCAUGCUUGGAAAAUCUUAAGCACCUGGUCGAGGCUAGUGCUGACAAAUGUAAUGCUACAUGUACCGUAAACGAUUUGGAGUAUUGUGGUGGUCGAUACACUGCCUCCGUCUACAAGGUGAAUCCACGAGCCGCGGUGCAGUCUGAUCAGUCCAGCGGAGAUGCCAAACAAAAGGAUUUGGACGAAUGUCAAUUUGCCGGGGGAUUCAAGUGCCACUCUGCCGCAACGUGUGUCAAUAAAUCACCUGGAUUCUGCUGUCAUUGUAACGAUGGUUUUUAUGGAAACGGGGAUUCAUGUGUUAAGAUGGGUGCUGUACAGCGCAUGUCAGGACCACUAACAGGUUUAAUCAACAAUGAAAACCUCGGAGAUCUCAAAAUGGACGUGAUCGCUUUCUCAGUAGACGGACGAGCCUAUGCAUCGGUCAGAUCAUUCCCUUCGUCUUUAGCUUACUCGGUACUAAUAUUAACACCACUGUCUGAUGUUGUAAGCUGGAUGUACGCUAAGCCAAAACCUAAUGGAUUUAUUAACGGGUUAAGUGUCGUUGGAGUGAAGUUUGGAAGAAGAGCUGUCGUUCGAUUUGAUUCAGGCGAGCAACUUGGUAUUUAUCAAAAAUUCAAAGGAAUUGAUAUCCGAACCGAUGUGAUCAAUGUAGAAACAGAAAUACGGGGUACACURCCAAAGAUUGAUCCCCAGGCCAUCGUUAAUGUGAAGAAAGUGCUGAAACAAGAAUUCAAGAGRACUGGGGAGGGCAGGAUGCAGUCACGUGGUACUGUCAAAUAUGAGGUUGACGGUACRGAGCGCACUUUCACCGUCGAUCAGUUCAUUGAAUUCAACGAGCGAAAGGGCUGUGGUCAACACGUGGAUAUAGGAGUGCUUGAGUCUGAACCAAUCAAUCUUCAGUAUAACCCUGCCCAAGCCUAUCUGGUCAUUGCURUGAGAUCGGAUUUCAUCAACGGAACAUUAAAUUCACUAAACGGUGAUGGUGAAGGGUCUGCAAAGGCUUGUGGAUCUAAAAAGAUCACGUGUCAUAAGUCUGGAGUUUGCAUUGAUUUUAGGAACGACAAAGAAUGUCGAUGUAACUAUGGUUACAUUGGUGAUGGCGUCACUUAUUGCAAUGAUGCUGACGAAUGUUCGUUAAACCGCUAUCGAUGCAGUAAGGAUGCAAACUGUGUAAACACCAUUGGUUCCUAUAAAUGUGUUUGUAAAGAAGGUUAUAAGGGUGACGGUCAACAAUGUCGAAUAGACAAGUCUAAACAAUGUGAGAAGCCUUGCGGUGCGAAUGCCAAGUGUAUGCAAGUUGCCUCUGGACCGACAUGCAUCUGUAAUCUUGGUUACCAAGGAGACGGAUUUGACUGUAAAGCUGACGGCACGUGUGAUGGCGUUAAGUGUGACGUCAAUGCACAAUGUAUGGCGUCUGAGGGAAAAGUGCGCAUGUGCGUUUGUAAAAAAGGUUACCAAGGCGACGGACAAAAGUGUACAGCUGACGGCACGUGUGAUGGCGUCAAGUGUGACGUCAAUGCCCAAUGUACGGCGUCCGAAGGAGAAGUGCGCAUGUGCGUAUGUAAGAAAGGUUACCAAGGCGACGGUCAAAAUUGUACAGCUGACGGCACGUGUGAUGGCGUCAAGUGUGACGUCAAUGCUCAGUGUAUCGCAUCAGAUAGAAAAGUGCGCAUAUGCGUUUGUAAGAAAGGUUACCAAGGUGACGGACAGAAAUGUUCAGUAAUCCUAGGUGGGUGUGGGGGCGUCGAAUGUCACAAGAAUGCUCGAUGUCUUGAUUCGAAGUGUGCAUGCCGCGCGGGAUAUGUUGGGAAUGGUCAAAGCUGUGAAGAUGAGAAUGAGUGCGAAACGAAGAACAACAGUUGUGAUCCUAAUGCUGUAUGUCUGAAUAGUGUUGGUACGUAUGGAUGUGAAUGUAAGGACGGCUACAAAGGUGAUGGCUAUAAAUGCGAGAAAGACUUAGAUUACUGUGGAGGCGAAAGAUGCCAUCGAUUUGCAACUUGUGAGAAGAAUCCUGCAUCUAACAAGYUGUACUGUAAAUGCAGACUUGGAUUUCGYGGUGACGGAGUACAAUGUGCUGAUUUCAAUGAAUGUAUACCGUUACUUAAAACGUGUGACAGUAACGCAAUGUGCCGUAACACACUUGGGAGUUACGAGUGCCUGUGCAAGAGAGGAUACGUAAUGGAAAAAGGAAAAUGUGUCGUGAAUGGAAAGUGUAAUGGACAAAAGUGUAACUCUAACGCCCACUGUAACGCAAUGCAGCAAUGCAUAUGUAACGCUGGCUUUAAAGAAGAUGGCAAACAGUGUGCUGACGUAGACGAGUGUUCAUUUCAACCAAGUCGCUGUGACCCCAAUGCUUUAUGCCGUAAUACCGCUGGYUCGUUUUCGUGCAGUUGCAAGUCUGGUUUUGAAGGCGAUGGAUUUCGGUGUAGAGCUGAUAAUACAUGUGACGGUGAGAUAUGUCACGCCAGAGCUCGUUGUGUGGUUAAAGAUGGCGGGUCGAGGCGAUGUGUAUGUUACAGUGGUUACCAAGGAAACGGCACAUCAUGCUCAGACGAAGAUGAGUGUAAAUCGAAGAAAAAUAGUUGCCCUGACAAUUCAGACUGUGUCAACACCGUGGGCUCAUACAAGUGCAACUGUAGAAAUGGCUUUUAUCAAAAUGGCUCUGUCUGCACAGCGGAUCAUAUUUGCCACGGUGUUCGCUGCAUACCAAAUGCUAGGUGUGUUCAGGUSCAUCAAAAUAUUCGCGAAUGUCGUUGCAGACCAGGCUGGGAAAACGACGGCGAGAAAUGCGUUGACAAAGAUGAGUGUAGUUCUGAAGUCUAUCCUUGUCACCCACGAGCACUUUGCACCAAUACACGUGGCUCGUUCUAUUGUAAUUGUGGAUCUGGUUACUAUGGCAAUGGUCUAUUCUGUAAUGAUAUUAAUGAAUGCCGAUUAGGACGGGUUACGUGCCAAGAAAACGCCGCUUGUGUCAACACCGAGGGCUCAUACGAAUGCCGAUGUAAACAAGGGUUUAUUAAAUCCGACUCAAAGUGUAUCAAGGAUACUACAUGCGAUGGUAAGGUCUGUGACGUCAAUGCAAAGUGUCUUCAGAGCUUCCAAGGUGUACGUGAAUGUGUUUGUAACCCAGGUUGGGAAAAAGAUGGUGAUAAAUGUAAAGAUCGUGAUGAGUGUCGUUUCAACGUCAACCCUUGUCAUCCUAAAGCUGACUGCAGCAAUUCACAAGGGUCCUACACGUGUACUUGUAGACCGGGAUAUCAAGGAGAUGGCUCGUUUUGUGAAGCUGAUGGGACCUGUGCGGGCAUCAACUGUCAUCCUGACGCCAUUUGCAAACAGAACACGGCCCUGGGUGAUAAAUGUGAAUGCAUUCCUGGUUACCUUGGAGACGGUCGAAAAUGUGCAGAUAUCGAUGAAUGUGCUCAAAACAAAGAUAGCUGCCAUGAUCACGCUACGUGCCAAAACACUGCAGGCUCAUUUAAAUGUAAAUGCAACCUUGGUUACGUAGGAGAUGGAUUUAACUGUACAGAUGAUGGCACGUGUCAAGGAGUYAGGUGUGACGUCAAUGCRAAAUGCAUUGCGACCUCGCCAACCAGUGACAAGAAAACAUGUGUUUGUAACGACGGUUUCCGAGGCAGUGGCGCAGUGUGUAAUGAUAUCGACGAGUGCACUAUCGGCCAUGCCAAGUGUCAUCGCAAAGCAGAAUGUGUCAAUCAAAUUGGUUCGUACCGUUGUCGGUGCAAUCGUGGGUACGUCGGCGAUGGCAAACAAUGCCUCAGCGACGGCACUUGCGAAGGAAGAAUUUGUGACUUCAACGCAGCCUGCAUUACUACAAAUACCAGUAAAGGGCUUGUUAAAACAUGCCAAUGUAAGAAAGGCUUUGAUGGAGAUGGGAUUCUUUGUACAGAUAUCAACGAGUGUGAGAAUAAACCAUGUCCUGACAUGUCAAUGUGUAUUAACGCGUUCGGGACGUUCACUUGUAUCUGUAAAUCUGGCUACAGRAAGGUUAACGGCCAUUGUGAAAGAAUUUGUCGUCGCUGUUAUAAUGGAGGUUUGUGCGUCGGUAAAAACCAAUGCAAGUGCCCGAAAGGAUUCUCAGGAAAUCAAUGUCAGUGGUACGGCGAAGCAUCGUUAAUCUACACUAAAGGUAACACUGUACAGCGCAUGUCCCUACCGCCUCGUCCUGGUGCCAUUGGUCUSGUCUUUCAUCACGAAGGAAUGCUCAAUGUGGGACUGGAUUAUGACUGUGUCGAUGAGUACAUUUACUGGACCGAGGUCGUUGAAGGAUGUAUCAUGCGCGCUAAGUAUGAUGGGACUGGUCGAGAGGUGGUGUUUGAGAGAUCACAAGUCAGAAGCCCUGAAGGUAUUGCAGUAGAUUGGAUUGGUCGUAACCUUUACUGGACAGAYUCUGCUCUUGAUGUCAUUGAAGUAUCGGGACUGAAUGGCUCCAAUCGCAGGGCYCUURUUUCCAACGGUCUUGAUAACCCCAGGGCCAUCCUAGUAGAUCCCCCGAACGGGAGAAUGUACUGGUCCGAUUGGACUCGUCGUCGACCUCGUAUAGAAGUAGCCAACAUGGACGGUACAAAUCGUCGUGUAUUAGUCUAUCAUGACUUGGUAUUACCUAAUGGUUUAACACUAGUACAAUCAACCAAUGAGUUGUGUUAUACAGACGCUGGGUCCUUGUCAAUACAAUGUGUGGAUUUGGGAGGAUUGAGCGUCCGAAAGGUCCUUUCUCGUAUUGUGUAUCCAUUUGGUAUCGCGUACUACAAUCGAACAUUGUACUGGUCAACCUGGAAUCAAAAUGCCGUUAAUCGGAUUGGGGUCAACUCAGACUUGCCAGAAUCUCCUCUYAAGACAUUCGUUGGUAUGAAUGGAAAGGUGUUUGAUCUAAAGGCAGUCCAACCUUGCCCAGCUAAAGCUGCUAGCAAUCCUUGUGAGGUUGACAAUGGUGGCUGUUUAGGRCUGUGUCUUCUAAAAGCACAUGGCUACUCGUGCUUAUGCCCUAACGGACAAUACCCAGUAAGGCAAGGAAAUAAAACCAUAUGUAAAGCCAAAUGUGACGAACCAAUGGGAAUAGARAAUGGUCUUAUAAGUGAUGCACAGCUUACCGCAUCAUCAGCUCGAUUCAAUAAUAAYAAACGGUUUGGUGCCCACCGKGCACGUCUCAAUCUCGAAUCGUGGCCGGCAGGCUGGAGCGCAAAGACUUAUGACCCCAGGAGCUGGCUACAGAUCGAUUUUGGAGUCGMGAAAACGGUCAGCGCCAUAGCAACCCAAGGACUUGGUCAUAGUACUAGCAAAGAGUGGGUGAAGACGUUUAAGGUGGCAGUAUCUGAUGAUGAAAUCACGUGGUUUAUACUUCAGAGUAAUGGGCGUGAAAAGAUAUUUAUUGGAAACUCUGAUUCAGAAAGUGUUAAGCGACAAAAAUUCCCAACGCCUGUAAAAACAAGAUGGCUGCGAAUUCUCCCGCGAACUUGGCAUAAUCACGUGACCAUGCGAAUUGAGCUGUAUGGUUGCUAAGUAACCAGGUUUCUAGGUUUAUACCAUAUUUUAAUCUUGCAAGAAAAAGUGGAAUUUCAAUGCCCAUAAGCUUAUGCAUUCAUGAAAAUCAGCGGUUGAGAAAUGGUGGUUAUUACGUCAUCACGACCCGAAUAAUACUGUUGUUAUGGUUACCAUAACAAUCGAUCAAAAGAUGCUUUAUAUAUUCUCUCGGUGUGGUAUAUGGGUCAUCUAAAUACUCAAAUGACCUGUAAAACUAACACAAUAUUUUUCAUGAACGAUGGAAAAAUAGCUAAUAGCAUCGUUAACACACCGUUUUUUUUUUGACUGUACGAAACUAGUUGUAUCGUGUAUUUAGUGUAGUUAGUGAUGUAAAGGAGGCAUCUUCUUUGAGACGCAAUUUCAUUUUAAUAGAACUUUGUAAAAAGACGCAACAGAAGUUGGGCUUUUCACAAAUAAACCAUAUUUUUUACACAA